AUGAAUGAAAAUGACAAAUUAAAAAAAAUAUUAGAUGAAAAAGAAGUGAGAGAUAUUAAUGAGGAAGAUACAUAUUUCGAAAAAAACAUAAAAGAAUAUAAAAACAUUUCUAAAAAAAAUUUUGAAAUACUAAAGUUUUUAAAUAAGCAAGAACUUAUAUUAUUAAUUGAUAAAUUGAAUAAUGAAGACAAAUUAAGCAAAAUAAUAGAUGAAGAAAUAAAAGAUGACAAGAUUGACAUUCUUAAAAAUUACGAAAGUGAACAAUAUGAUACGAUAAAACUAGAUGAAAAAGAUCAAACAGAAGAAGAUGAUGAUGAAAAUAAUUAUAUAAAAUUGUGUAAGUUUAUCCCAUUAAGAUUAACAUAUGAAGAGAGACUAUAUUUACGAUUAUUAGAAAGUGCAUUAGAAGUAAGUGAGUACACUGACAAAAUUGAUAUAUUACAUAGUGGAAACAAAAGUAAGAAAAUAGUAAAAGAAAUAAAAACUUUAUGUUCUAUAUUGUCUGGUUUAGUUAUAGCUAACAAUUACGAAAAUGGUCAAAAAUUAAUUCGUGAUAGAGAUUUUUUAAGCAAUAGUAGCUUUUUUAGUUUCGUUUUUGAAAUAGGAAGAAGAUAUAAAAUUCUUAACCCAGAUAAAAUGAGAAGUAGUUAUGGAAAACUAAUGUACUUCUUAAUGGAUACAAGAAGAGAAGAAAUAUAUGAUUUAUUAUCAUUUGAUUGUGUAUCCCCAAUAAAAACAGUAUAUGAUUUACUAAAAGAUAAAAAAAAUGGUCUUGAAAUUCUUAACGAUAAUUUAAUUAAAGUUGCAACUAUGGAAAUAGAUGCAAACGGAAGUAGAAUUGAAAUACAGAAACAAAUUAAACAAAAAGAAGAAGCAAUAAAAUAUUUAUCUAAGAAAUAUUCAUGUAAUAAAAAUAAUAAAAAAAGUAUAUUUAAAAUAAACAUACCUAUUUUUAACACGCAAAACUUAGAAGAAGAUUCAAAUAAUUCAGAUUCUUCGCAGUAUUUAACAUCAGAAGAAAUAGAAAGAUGCUUAUACAGCUUGUGUGAUUAUAAUACUCACAUAAGGAUGUUUUGCAAGCCAUGCGAAAUAAUGAUUGAAUAUUUAAAAAAUUAUUAUGAUCCAUAUGAAAAAGAUUCGGUAUACUCUCUAUCGAUAGAAACAGGAAAACAAGGAAGUAGGUUAACUCAUUCUCAUAAUAGACAAUAUAUGUAUGUACUACAAACCCUACAUCUUUGGAAGGAAAUAGGAGAGCAUAUGUUUUUUUUAUGGAGUUGUGCAGAAAGUGAUAUGCUUGAUUUUAAAAAUCCAUAUAGACUAAUAGAUACUGGACAAGGAUUAAAUAGGUUGCAAAGUGGGCAUAAGGUAUUAAGUGUUAUGAAAAAAAUUUUGCAUAAUGUUCAGAAAAAACUGGGGGGAUGGAUAGGAUCAAGUAUGAUCCAUAUGGGGGAUUCUAAUAUUCCUAACACUUUCAUGUUUAUUGAUAAAUACACCCAAGUUCCUAGAAUAUUAACACCAAUUGUUUUAUGCUUGCAAAAAAUAGAUGAGUUAUAUAAUUCUACUGCUGCAAUGAAAAAUUAUAUUAAAAAUGAAUUUAAUGGAGCUCACAAUUUAAAAAUGACGAUAACUUGCGAUUUUUUUCGUCAUGGUUUUGAUGGAAGUGGUGGUGAUAAUUUUAAUGAAGCUGGAAGUUGUAUUGAUGGACGAUUAACAUCAGCUUGGAAUUGGUGUUCAAAAAUUGAAAAAAAAAAAUUUUUUCCAAUUUUUUUAUUAACUGGUUUUGUUGGUUUUGAUGGAACAUUUUAA